GUCACCAUCGAUCAAGUUCAAUUCAUACUCUCGUUCUUCAAUCUUCAUAAAUCAGCUAAAUAGCCAAUCCUCGUCCAGAACCAGAGAAGACAGAAUUUUCUUUUUAAGAAAAAGAAAAGGAACCAGAAAAGUAUACGAAAAUGGCAGACCCAACAACAAAACCCGCCACGAAACCAAGGACUGUCUGCUGCAUCGGCGAUAUCCAUGGCUACUUCACCAAGCUCAAAAACCUCUGGUCCAAUCUCGAGUCUAUAAUUGACCCACCAGAUUUCCAAUCUGCCCUCGUCAUCUUCCUCGGCGACUACUGUGACCGCGGUCCCGACACCCGCAGAGUAAUUGAUUUCUUGCUUUCUCUGCCCGCCAGGUAUCCGAACCAGACACACGUUUACCUAUCCGGUAACCAUGACCUCGCUUUCGCGGCGUUCGUCGGCGUGCUGCCGCGUCCUCGAGAUGGGUCUGAGUUCAAGGAGACAUGGAAGGAAUACGCGCAGAGCGAACAGAGAGAAGGGUGGUAUAAGGGUGAUGGGUUCGAGGAUAUGCACCUGCAAGGGAGGAGGUGGGCUGGUAGUAUCACAGUCAAAUUUAACACUGUAAAAGGAACGGAUUAUAAGGGUUCCAUCUAUGAUGCGGCGCCAACUUUCGAGUCCUAUAAUGUCCCCCAUGGAUCUGCUGGUUUGGUUAAGGCUGUUCCUGAUGAUCACAAGAAGUUUCUGGCUGAUAUGGUCUGGGUCCAUGAAGAGGAUGAUGUCUGUAUUGAAACUGAUGAGGGGAUUAAGCACUGUAGACUAAUUGCUGUACAUGGCGGUCUAGUUAAAGGUGUAAAAGUAGAAGAGCAGCUGGAGUUUUUGAGAGCCAGGGACACACGAGUGCAGAAGGUAGAGGCUCUUAGUGGGAGAAAAACAGUUUGGGAUAUUCCAGAGGAACUGGCUGGAAAAUCAACCAUUGUGGUAAGUGGGCACCAUGGGGAACUUCACAUUGACGGCCUCAGGUUGAUUAUUGAUGAGGGUGGUGGACUAGAGAAGAACCCAGUGGCUGCAAUAGUGCUUCCAUCAAUGAAGGUCAUCCGAGAUACAGAUAAUAUUGCCAAGUAGCUUCUUCUGUUAAAAAGAAAUGCCAAAAAUGGCAUCUAAUUUCUGGUUAGAUUCCAAUUGUACUGUGUAUAUAUGCAUGUUUGAUUGGAAGAAGCAUUUAGUUGAGGCAUCUCCAUCAUCGUAGGAAGUAGGACCAUCACCUAGCUCCUGGCUUCUAAUUGCUACAACCCAGGUAAGUUCUCAGAAUCUGCAUAGAAAAUUGAUUGGAUACUUGUGAUAAAAAUUUUAGAAAUAGCUUUUGGAAUUGUUAUGUUCUAAAUGUUACUUACCAGAUAGGAAAUGUACUGAGAUGGAAUAUACCGGUGGGGAACAUGAGAGCUUUCUGGGUGCUUUUAAAGUCUCUAAAGAGACAGCCGUAGUUCUCUGUUAGAUGGUGUUUGAGUCCAAACUCUGACUACCAAUCAUUGUCCUGAUUCAAAGUGUAGGGUGGUUAAUCGAAGCGCAUGUUUAUAAGAUAUAAUUGUAAGCACCGGUAUCCAUUAGUGCUGAUUUAAUGUUGUUAAUUUGGUAUUAGUGUAAAGUUCUUCCUCUUAACAAUUCAGCCACUGAAAAUUGAAAUGGAUCCAAAUAGAUUUGUUCUUAA